AUGUACAACUUUACCGAUGGCCAAUCCCUGCGCAUUCCGCAUCAACUAUACCGUGAUGAAGAUUGUUAUUAUGAUUUUGAUCGAUUCAUUCCUAAGAAUGCUGGAACUAAUAUCAUCGCUGCCAAUCAUCGUCUGGAAAAAAUUAAUUAUACAAUCAUUACCGUUUUUCCGAAUUUUGGUCCGCUUGGUAUAACAAAUCCAAAGGCAGUUGUUACGGAAAAUCGACGUGGAUUUAUAAACUCCAGUACGUUUGUUGCAUAUCCAAUCGGGAAGGCAGACUGGUCGAAGAAUAUUAGUGCAAAGCCGACUUUUUUAAAUUAUUCAUCGACGGUCCGGGCCAUUUCAUCGGCACGUUUAACAACGGACUGGUACGAGGAGUGCUGGGAAAAUCUCAUCGGACAGGUUGAGCUUACUUUUUCUAAGAACUUAUUUCUUUGUUAUAAGAACUGUAACAAACGUUUGGAAGAACGUGCCCUUCAUGCAUCCACCAGCAGAAAAGGCCGUUUAGGAAAUUACGAAGCUUGUGACGACGGAUUUGGUGAUGACAAUUGCUUCUAUCCUGGUCAUCGAUUUUUUUCGUGCCCUCUGGGUUCGUUAUACAAAUAUAUGCCUGAAUAUGGUGAAUUUAAAGUGGCCGAGAAUGUGUUGCAUCUG